AUUUUUAACGAACUUUAUUGAAAAUUUAAAUUUAAAUUAUGAAAUCAGGGUUCCUUCUCUUUAACCCAGAAGAAUUAUGUCAAAAAGCUCUCAACGAGGACGACCAGAGUUGUUUUACAAUGGAGAAGACUAGUCACAAAAUGAAGCAGUUCAUUCUGAAUACAUCCUCUGCAUACUUUAUUAACAAUAGAAACAAGAUCUUUUCUUGGGGAGAAAGCAUACUAAACUUUAAAUCAUUUAACAAGGAUAGCGGUUACAAUGAAGCUGUCACAGGCUUAAGGAAGUCACUUAAGAAGAGAAAAAAAAGCUUGCAAAAGUACCUUAGCAUGUGCAAAAACCCUUUGAGCAAAUCCUGAACUGCUUUUCCUAAGCUAAAUGCAAUGUCUUCAGGCUUGGCAAACAGUAAGAAUAGAAGAUCCUAUCCAACCAUUGAAGAUCUUUCUGAAAUUCAUGAGGAAGAGGAAAAAGACCUAUUGCCUCUGCUUUCUCAAUCUAUACCUACAGAAAUAGUAUGCACUGGGAAUAUCAAAAUAAAGAAUCUGAAAUGUUCUGAAAAAUGAAUGCUCUUCCUGACAGAGGAAGGAACUCUCUUCUCUUGAGGAAAUGAUCCUUCUAAAACAGGCGUUCUUGGGCAAGGAAAAGUUUAUCACCUAGACAGCCCUGAGCCAAUACAGACUCUUUUGGAUUAUAAAGUUAAAAAUUAUGAUAUUUGUCAGACCCAUGCUUGUGCAACAGAGUCUUCUGGGAAGUUAUUUACUUGGGGAAAGAAUACGAGCUAUCAGUGUGGACUUAAAGGGCCUAAAUUUAUCAGAAAGCCGGUCAUAGUUGAAAUUUACAAAGCUGCUGAGGUCAAGGAAGCCCAAGUUUCUAGAGGUUACACAGCUUUCAAAACAUCAGGAGGGUAUCUCUAUGUUAUGGGAAACAUUAAGUCUAAGAACAAUACUAAUGAUGGGUCAGAUUUAGAAGUGUUUCAUCAAAUUCAAGGAAUUUCGAACUAUUUCAUUAGGACUUUCAUCUGAACGCCUAAAUUUAUCACAAUAUUGACCCAAACUGGAGAAUUGCUUUACAUUGAUCAUGAAUAUAAAAUUACAAAAAUUCAUUCAGACAGUUGUAAAAAGAGUAAGGUCAGAGAUGACAGGAUUGAGAGCCUAGCUGUAACCAAAGACCACAUCAUUUCUUUGUCUCGGAACAGACUGUAUAUUUGGAAGCCAGUGAAAGCAAAGCCACCUAUUCAUCCAGCACAUGGAAGACAAGCCAGUGCCUUAAAUAAUUCUCGAGGAACAAUUUCUAGUGAAAGAAAUCAUAUAGAGCAGUGUCUAAAUAUUAAUGCAGCACAAUCAGAGGGAGGUACAAAAGAAGAGCAUAAAAGAUGAAGUUCACAAAUAAACAACUUACUAAAGCCUCGAAAUAGUGUUUCACCAAUACCAACAACUUGUCUCACUAAAACUACAGAUUUCACUUGAAAAUCUUUUAAAAUUACUGAGAAAGAGAAACUGUAUGAAUGCAAAUUGGGAGAAGGGAUUUGCCAAAAAUACUGUGUGAUUUACUAUAUUUCACAAUCACUCAACGUGCAGUGCUCUCCAAUUUCUUCAUACCUGUCAUCAUCCUUGAUUUCAGGUAUUGAGAAACCAUUCCUGAAAGAAUGCAUCAGGAAUCCAUCAGUUUUUAGGAAUGUUAACACGAAAGAAAGAUGGAAAUCAAUCCUGGAAUCAGCCAUAGAGGAUGAAAGCGUCAGAAACUCUGAAAGCUUCUGCUCUAAAAGUAAUGGAUACAGUAUGAUCAGAGAUAUUUUGAAGAGUGAGUCUUGUGGCUCAUUGAGAGAUAACCAAAACCGAAACAGGUUUAAUAAUGUUAAGAGUAGGAUUCAGUCCCUUCAAAACCUUCAUCAGCAGAAAGAUGCAAAGCGAGCCAAGAGCCACUCCUUAAGUAGCUCUGAGAAGACAUUUACUGAUAAAAUAGAGCAUUUCGAGAGACUCCUCUCACAGAUGAAGAAUUCUCCAACCCUUAAGCAUAACCAAAAGAGAAUUGAUGAUCAGGCUAACAAUUCCAGCAAGAAGCAGUUGGUUGACUCUUUUGGAGAAGCACCGAAUGAGCCCAUUCAGAAAAUGGAGCUAGUCCCAGAGCUUGACCUUGAUUGCCAAGAUGAAAAUAAAAAACUCAGUGAAGAAGAUACUCCAGAGAUAGAGGAAACAGAAGCUCCAAAAUCAAACUUAUUUAAUCUUGUUUCACUAUGUAGAAAGAAAAAUGAGAACAAUGAAGAGGAAAAAUUCGCUAUUAAAAAGCCUGAAUCAGGAACUCUUGACACUAAUUAUCCCACAGAAGAAGGAAUAGAGCAAGAGUCAAUCACUGAGCAAAGGAGAAAGCAUAAAUAGAGAACAUAAGAGGAUGAAGCCUAAGGUUGAGCUUGAUAAUAUCACAAAAACUCUACAAUUCGAAGAGACUAAGGAAGAGCCACAGCAAGAUCUGACCUAUAUUCCGAAUCCAUUUGAGAUCUCCUGAGAUGAAGAGAUUCAAGCUAUUGAGGAGGUUUCAAAUGAGACUUUCAGUACCAUCAAUGAUGAUAAAGAGCUGGUAAAACAAGAUGGUUCACUAUUCGGAUGCCCUCAGACCACAAUCAUCAAUGAAGAGCAUUCCUUUUCAGAGAAAGGAAGCGAGGUCAAGCAUAUUCAGGAAAGCGGAGAUAAGCAAUACAACAUCACAAGUAUCUCCUUUCAAAAAUAAAGAGAGUGAGAAAGAUAGUAAAGGCGGCAUAGAUCCUUCACCUAUGGUAUACAGUCCUGAUUUUGAAAGGAAUGGUUCUAGAAAUUCAGAACUUUUACUUGGCAAUGAUAGUAUUAUCCAUUCAAUGAAGAAAUUUAGUGAAAAGGACAGCUUCCAUACAGCAAUUGCUCCUAUACAAAGUCUUUCUAAUACGAAGAUGAAAGAGAGCGAGCCUUCAGUAAAUAUAAAUUCGCCAAAUCCCUUAAAUUCUUCUAUUCAUCAGCAAGAGAAUCAAUGGCCAAGAGAAUUUAUUCAAAAGCUCAAUAGAUUAAAAACUGAUGUGGAUUGUAGGUUACAAAAAGAGUUCUUUGCCUAUUUAAAGGAUUAUUGCAAUAAACAGAAGAACCAUGAAGUCGAGCAAAGGCAAGUUAAUGCAAGACUUAGCAUACUAAAAGGUGCAAGUCAUGCCUUUAGCUUGGUAUUCAAACAAAUCCAGAAAAAGUUAGUGAUCAAUAGUUUCAAUGAGAUAAAAACAUAUUGUCUUGAAAAGAAGAUUGCAACAUCUUUCAGGAAUAGUUUUGCUUCAAAUUAUUUCAAAGAUGAGCAUAGCCCUAUGCAAGAUCUAGAUCCUCACAAGGUAGGAAGGUACAACCUCUACUUGCUUUUGAAAAACUCUAAUAUAAAUACCCAGCUGACAAAGUUUGUGAAAGUCUGUGAAUCAUUAGAAAAGCGGAAUCUUAAAGAGGCCUUUCUAAAUUUCAAGUCUCUUCAAUUCUGCUCAAUUCAUAAAAUAAAGCAAAUUGAAGAAAGAAAGCAGAAAGAAUUUUUGUCACUUAAACAAGAGUGAGAGCAAAAAUUACAACGAGCAGAGAAAAGUUUUUGAUCUAAAAGUGAUCUCAUGACUCAGCAUAUUUCAGAUCUUCAGAAUAAAAACCAGCAUUUUGAGAACACUCUUAGAAGAAGUUCACUUAGGAUGAUCCAUGCGUUAUUUGAUAAGACGAGAAGGCGGUAUGCCUUGGAGUUUCUCAAGAGACUAAAAGAGUUCUGAUCUGAGGAUGAUAAUGAUUCUAUCAACUCGAGAAUUACUUUGAAAAAUAGUGAAGCUUCUGGCUGUCAACUUCCUCUGAAAAUCCAAGAGACUGAUCCUGCUGUAUUUGAGACACGAAUGAGGCCGUUUGACAACAAAAGAGUGAUUAACAAAAUCCUUGAGAAACAAGAAAUAAAUAGUAGUAUUAGCUGUCACAGCGAGAGAGGGAGAAAUAAGCCAGCCAAAGUUAGCAAGAAUAACUCUUUUGCUGAUUCUGCUUCAAACAAAUUAAAUUCUGAAAACUCAAGUUACUGUUCUAAUAAUCAUUUACAAAAAUUCAGUAAAUUAUCUAUUAGUGAAAAAUCAAGUAAUGUAAAGGUAAAGCCCGAUUCUGAGAGAGCUACUCCAACAAAUUGCCAAAUUGUGUUAGGAGACUUUGGAAAUUUAGGAAAGGCUACUCAGCAGCUUUCAACAGCAGAAUUUAGAAGUCAUCACUCCUCAGAGAAACACUACUCAGCACCUGUAUCACCUCCGAAAGAGAAGAUAAUUUGUAAACCUGAGAAGGUUAAAACUGCUAAAAGAGAUCACAGAGAUUAUCUCACUUCUAAAGAUGUUCAGAAGAUGCAAGAGAUGAUCGACCUUGAGCCUGACAAUGGAACUCAGGCUCCUUACAUCCGAAGAAGUUCUAAGAAAAAUGGUGAAUGAGAUGAAGUUCAUGCUGAGCCUUUCGAGAUCAUCGAAAGCGAGUACUUCAAAAAGCUCAUCAAAGAAGGACCAAAAUACAGCAAAAAGCUAGUAGAGAUGACUCCCAAAAAUCUUAAUUUUGAAACAGAAAAGACUGAAAAGAAAAUCCAAACUAGUUCAUUCUUAGAACAUGAUUUCUAUGAUCCUCGUAAUAAUACUAAUUGGAACACUACGAAGAGUUCAGCUGAUAAUAUUCACCAAACAAUGGAAGAGAAACGCACCUUUAACAGUCUCGCUUCUCUCAGAAAUCUUAUUGAUAAGCCAAUUAAUCUCGGGCACAUUAAAAAACAGAAAUAAGGAAAAGAAUUUUAUUGCUCAGAACAUUAAGAAUAUAACUAAGUAUAAGAAUAAAAAGAAUAAAGUAAAGAAGAAGGAAAACAUAGUUCCGCUUAAUGAUUCUAAAUUCAGCUAUAUCCAUACUCUGGCUUCUAAAUAAGCCAGCAGAUAGAUACAAUAAUCAUAACUCCAAUAGCAGAAGAUCACUAGAGCCUAAAAUAUCUCUUCAAGAGAUAGACUCUUGUGUGAAUAGAAGGGAGACCUUCUUGAUGAACACUCAGACUCCUCUGUUGAAUGACAAGCAUUUAAAUAUUUUUAUUCAAACAAGUCUGGAUGAGAGCAUUGAUAGUGAUUGAGAGCUUCAGAUUAAGUGCUCCCAAAAUGAUGAAAUUUCCAUUUUAGAAGAAUACAUAUAA